AUGAACUCUCAGCUGACCAACCCGAAAUUUGGCGCAGUCUCUCGAUUACGUGCUUCUGUCAACGAUUUCCUCGGACCAAGACGUCGUCUCGGGGAUUCACCAUCAGGGGGGAAUCAGCCAUUAAACUCAAGGGAACGAGAUAAAAACACCAGCAAUUAA